AUGGGGUCCAAUCCAGGCAUGCUCUACGUUACCAUGCAGCCCAAGCCGGGUCUGUCCCUCGACCAGUUUCACGAGUGGUAUAACAACGAGCACGGCCCCACCCGCCUCCGUCUCCCGCAAAUCUUCAGCAACGGCCUUCGCUACGCCGCCACAGACUCCCAGGAGCCGCACUUCCUCGCCGCCUACGACGUCACCUCCAUGUCCCACCUCGACACCCCGACCUAUACGUCCCUUCGCGAAAACAGAAGCCCACGCGAGGCAGAGACCAUCGGCCAGGUUGAUGUCAAGCGCUAUUUCUACGACCUGGUGUCUGAGCGCAAGUCCCCACUGUUCCUGCCCAUCGAGCAGCUCACAGACGUCGAGGCAGAGGGUUUGGUCUUGGUGGCUGUCGAAAACACCCUCACCGCCGCCGAGGGCGCCGAGCAGGCUCUGAACAAGUGGUACGAGGAGGAGCAUAUCCCCAUGUUGUCCAAGGUACCUGGCUGGCUGCGCACCCGCAUAUUCAGGACGGCGACCAGCCUAGACAAGAACGCGCCCCUGAAAUACUUGAUCCUACACGAGUACGCCAAGGAGAACGGACUGGGAGGGCCCGAGUACAAGGCUGCCACAAGCACCAAAUGGAGGGAGGACAUCUUCGCAAAGGUCAUUGGCAACAAGCACAGGAGGACCUACUCGCUCUUCUACGUCUUCGGGCCGGGCCCCAGGGAUCUGAGCUCUCUGGCAGCACUUCCUGCCGAGAAGGCCUUCAUAUCGUCUGAUGCAAAGACGAAGACGACCCCAAACGACGGUAAGCCGGUCCUGCAAGCAUACGUCAACGCCAAGGACGGCCUCACCAUCCCAUACCGCCUCGAGGGAAAUAUCGAUCCUAAGGCCCCCACUGUAGCCUUUUGCAACUCGCUGCUGACAUCCCUGCAUAUGUGGGAUGAUUUCAUCAGCAUCUUGAAGGAGGCUCGUCCCGAUCUACGCAUACUACGAUACGACUUCAGAGGGCGUCAUUCUAUUCCUGAGCCGCCCAUCCCGUCGACCCUCGAUACUCUCUCAGAUGACCUUGCCACGCUCCUAUCAGGGCUGCGCAUUGAGAAGCUACACGCCUUGAUCGGUGUCAGCAUGGGUGGUGCUACCACCCUCAAGUUCUCGCUGAAGUACCCGGAAAAGCUCUCCAAGUUCGUAGCAUGCGACUUCAAUGUGGCCAGCUCGGAAGCCAACACGCAGGCCUGGAAGGACCGCAUCGCCGUAGCAGAGUCUGUCAGCGAGGAUGGCACUCCGGGCAUCAAGAAAUUGGCAGGCGCAACAGUUGAGCGGUGGUUCCACCCGCACACCAUGACAGCUAAGACUAACGUCGCAAGCUGGAUGACCGAGAUGGUCGCCGACAACGAUGUGCAGGGCUUUAGGUACGGCUGCCAGGCUCUCUGGGAUUACAACAUGCGCGAGGAGAUGAAGAGCUCCACCGUCCCCGGUCUACUGGUCGUUGGAGAUGGGGAUGGCAAGGGCGCCUUGGUGAAGGCCAUGGAUGGCUUCAAGGCUGGUAUUGGUAAGAAGGGGCUGGACCUGAAAGUCGUCCCCGAGGCGGGGCAUUUGCCCAUGUGCGAGAGCCCCCAGGCAUUCUGGGAGGCUGUAAAGGACUUUUUGUAG